AUGAGUUACCAGGAUCAGGGGGAAACGGAAAUUAGCACCUUGACUGGCUUUGCUUUGGAGACUGGAGAGAAAGCCAAAGGCACAGGUCAAAUUACUCAACUGCUCCUCAGCCUCUUCACUGCAGUCAAAGACAUCUCUUACGCUGUGCGUAAAGCAGGAAUAGUCCAACUCUACGGCCCCACGAAUGUAACGGUCAAAGAAGUUAAGGAGCUGGAUGUCUUCGCCAACAACCUGAUCAUUAACACUCUGAGGUCAUCUUUUGGCACAAGUGUUCUUGUGUCAGAAGGAAGCAAACAUGCCAUAAUAAUAGAACCGGAAAAAAGAGGGAAAUAUGUGGUCUGCUUUGAUCCUCUGGAUGGGACUAAUAACAUUCACUGCCUUGCGCCCGUCGGCACUAUUUUCGUCAUCUAUAGGAGGAAGUCAACUGGUGAGCCUUCUCAGGAUGAUGCUCUGCAGUCUGGCCGAAAUGCUGUGGUUGCUGGCUAUGCUCUAUAUGGAAGUGCCACAAUGAUGGUUGUCGCUAUGGACUGUGGGGUCAAUACAUUUUUGCUGGAUCCAGAUAUUGGGGAAUUCAUUUUAGUCCAUAAGAAUGUCCAGAUCAGAAACAAAGGAAGCAUCUACAGUAUCAACGAAGGCUAUACCAAGGACUUUGAGUCAGCUGUCUUAGAGUACCUGCAGUCGAAAAAAUCUCCUCAGGACAGUACAGCUCCCUAUGCUGCAAGGUAUAUCGGCUCAUUGGUUGCAGAUGUGCACAGGACCUUGGUGUAUGGAGGAAUUUUUCUGUAUCCACCCAAUGAAAUGUACCCCCAAGGAAAGUUGAGGCUCCUUUAUGAAUGCAACCCUUUAGCCUUCAUCAUAGAAAGAGCAGGGGGACUAGCUACCACAGGAAAGGAGUCAGUCCUGGACAUUGUUCCUACUGAAAUCCAUCAGAAAAUACCACUGAUUUUGGGCUCCCCAGAGGAUGUGAAGGAUUUUUUGAAGAUUUAUAAGAAGUAUGAAAAGCCUGUUUGCAAAUGUUGUCCCCACUAA